AUGAGUUCUAAGGUGCUCAAGAAAGAGGGGAGAAAUGAGGGAAGCCACGCAGCUGCCAAGAACGACGUCAAAUUAACCAGACUCCUUAAAGUCAGCAUCGGUGCCAGGAUGGUACCGAUCGGGUGUUUUGACCACCGCAACGGCGAGCUCCGAUUUGCAAAACACAGCCUCACGGGCAUCAAGUCAACAAACCUCUUCUUCUUCCCCGGUUACAACAUGAUCAACCUCUAUUUUCUACUCCCUACUGGAUUCUCAUUUGCCCAUUGUCAGGCUCGAAAUCUUGACAUUUCCCGUUGCUCCCUCGAAUCGAUCACAGAGGUUUUACCUCCUGGUGUAUCCAUCAACUAUGUCAACUUUGUCGCCGAGAAUGGUACGUUUGGCGACAAAGCAGCCGUUGGAAAUGCUACUGCGUUGCCACAAGGAUGCACAGUCGGUGUCAAUCUCAUCUCAUCUGCUACUUCUUCCUACAACUUCGCCCUUUACAUGCCCACCAAUUGGAACUCACGAUUCAUGGCCACUGGUAACGGCGGCUUUGGCGGGUUUACCAACUAG